CUCGUUAUGUAAUUGCGGCGUAUCUCAGUUAGUAGGCAAACAAGCUAUUCGCGGUGUGGCAGACAAGAUUUGUACUCAAAAGCUCAGGCCACGCAGCUGUGAUAGCUGUCCCCCGCAGGACACUCGCUCAAACCUGCGAUGAAACACGCUAGGUGGGUGCUCCUAGGCCAGCGCGGCUGAGUGGCCUUGCUUGCAGCUUCCGACCCGGCCCGGUUGGGGGCCUGACCUCAGCACUCGGGCCCCGGUGUGCAUCCUAGCCUGCGCCUCGGACAGCGCAGCAGCGGGGCGCCAUGUGGGGCACGGCGCCCGUAGGCCGAGGCGGGGGGGCCGCCGCUACUGGCGGCACGGCGCCCGGCGCGCGCGGCGGCCUGGCGAGCGGCCAGUUCUCAUUCUACGUCAGCUGCGACAUAAACUUGAAUGUCCGGGUCAAGGUGUCUGAGCUGCAGGGCCUGCUGCCGGCAGCCCGCAGUAGCCUGCCUGCGGCGUUGAACGGGGUCCCAGGCAUUGGAGCGGGCGGCGUCGGCGCCGGCGCCGGGGGCGGUGGCGGGGUGGGUGGCGUGGGCGGUGGCGUGGGUGGCACGGGUGUUCCUCUUGGCCACGACGCGACGUGGCCCACCCACCCCUCCUCCGCUGCGGCUACAGCUGCAGCUGCAGCUGCGGCGGCCGCCGCAGGCGGCGGCGCCAGUGGUGGAGCCACCGGCAGCAGCAACAGCAAUGGCGGCGGCGGCGGUGAUACCGCGCCAAAGAUGUGUUCGUUGUACGUGAUUGCGCGGCUUACGUCGUGCGGUGAAACGCUGGGUCUGGAGGCGACGACCGCCUUCGCGGAGGCCGUCUGCAGCGCACCGCAGCUACAGCCGCCCUCAGCAGCAGCAGCAGUAGCAGCAGACGCAGCGGGGCUGGAGGGCGCGCAGGACGCGGCUGUAGCAGGGGCUGCAGGCGGCAGUAGCAGCAGCGGCGAUGGCCUGGGGUCAGGGCCGCUGGGGCCGUUGUUGGCUGCUGGCGGCGGCGGCGGCGGCGGCGGCGGCAGUUCGCCGGGCGAUGGGUCUACGGCUCGGUGGGACGAAUGGCUGACGUUCUGCGUCAAGUAUCGGGACCUGCCGCCUGAUGCGCAGCUGGUGCUGGUGCUGGUGGAGGCGGCGGAGGGCCGGCGCGAGGCGCUGGUGGGCAGCAGCGUCACGCCGCUGUUCAGCAAGAGGGGGCGGCUCAAGACCGGGCCGCAGCGGCUGGCGGUGUGGGAGGGCGCGCCGCCCUGCACGCAGUUCCCCACCAGCACGCCGGGCAAGGUGCCUCUGGCCCACCGCGACCGGCUGGGCCGCCUGGAGCACCUGCUGCACCGCCACCAGCGAGGCGACAUGGCGCCGGGGCCGGGAGGAGAGUGGCUGGACGCACUCGCGCUGGCGGAGAUCCGGCGACUGGCGGCGGCGGACCGAGCCGCCUGGCGCACCCGCCCCGAGCUCCGGCUCACGGUGCUGCUACCGCUGUUCCCACACCCCGUACUGUGCUACCAGCAUGUGGCGGCGGCGGCGGGCGCGGCGGCGGGGGCGGGGCGGGAGGGCGGCGGCGCGGCCGCGGCGGCGGCGGCAGCGGCGGCGGGCGCGGGCGGCGGCGGCGGGGCGGGCUGGGGCGGGGCGGGGAAGAAGGACGCCGGAGCAGGCCUGCUGAUUUCGGAGUCGGGUGCCGGUGCGGGGUCGGGUCCGGCCGGCGGCGCCAUCAUCCGACUUGUGGACCCGGAGGUGGGUCGAGACAACCCUGCGGAGCUCAAGGCGCAGAAGCUGGCGCGCGGGCUGCAGCGCGGCGUGCUGGACCGCGACCUCAAGCCCAACAGCGAGGAGCGACGCAGGCUGCAGGCCAUCCUCAAGCUGCCGCCCAACAAGCCGCUACAUGCGGAGGAGCGCGCGCUGCUGUGGCGCUUCCGGGCCUCACUCACACAGGACACCCGCGCGCUGACCAAGUUCCUGCAGUGUGUGGACUGGAGCGACGCCACGGAGGCCAAACAGGCUGCCGAGCUGAUGCGGCAGUGGGCUCCCAUCUCCGCCGCCGACGCGCUGGAGCUGCUGAGCCCCGACUUCCGGUCCGAGGUGGUCCGGCAGCACGCGGUGCAGGCGCUGCAGGCGGUGGAGGUGGAGGAGCUGGGGGCCUACCUGCUGCAGCUGGUGCAGGCGCUCAGGUACGAGGCCGCAGACACGGGCAGCCGGUUGGGCGCCUUCCUGGUGCAGCGGGCGGCGGAGGACCCCGCGCUGGCCGUGCAGCUGCACUGGUACCUGUUCUGCGAGCUGGACGACCCGGGCUUUGGGCUGCGGGCGAGGGCGCUGCACACACUGCUGCUGGACACGCUGGCGGCCGGAGGCCCGCGCUCCCCGGGCCUGUUGAUCGCGGACACCAUCCGGCGGCAGGUGGACCUUGUGAAGCAGCUCAAGGCGGUGAUCCGCGAGCUAAAGAGCUCCAAGAUCAAGGCGGCACGCGCCACGGAGCGAUUGCGGGAGAUGGUGUCGGAGACGGGCGCCUGUGGCGAGUUGACGGCGCUGCGUGUGCCGCUGCCCCUGGACCCACACAUCGUGCUGGCGGGCAUUAUGCCCAAGGAGUGCUCGGUGUUCAAAUCGGCGAUGCUACCGCUGCGCCUGUCCUUCCGCAUCGAGGCGGCGCCCAUGAACUGGAAAGCGCCGCCGCCGCCGCCACAGCACAACACGCACACGAACCCGCACCCCCACCACCCCUUCCACGGCCUCCACGGCCACGCGCCCGCCGGCGCCAGCCACCUCAGCUCGGGAAGCGUGGGCAGCGGCAGCAGCAGCGGCGCCGUACACUCACCCCUCGGCCCUGGAGGCGGAGGCGGAGGCGGCGGCUGGCCGCCGCCAGACCCCCUCGCGCUGCUCCCGACCCGCACCGGCAUCAUUCCCGCGCCGCCAGGCGCGCCCGACGCCGCCGGAGGCGGCGCCGGCGGCGCCAGCGGCGGCGCCGCCUCCGGCGCCGCCGCCGCCUCCGGCUCCCACCAUGGCCACCACCACGGGGAAGGCAGCGCGUCGCGUGGGGGUGCGGGGGGUGCGGCGCCGGGGUCCCAGCCGGGUGCUCCGCCGCCGGUGCUUGAGGGCUACCGCUGCUGCAUCAUCUACAAGAAGGGCGACGACCUGCGCCAGGACCACUUCGUGCUGCAGAUGAUCGGGCUCAUGGACCGAAUGCUCAAGCGCGAGAACCUGGACUUGAGGAUGACGCCGUACAAGGUGCUGCCCACCUCCUUCGACGACGGGCUGGUCGAGUUCGUGCCCUCCGUGCCCCUGUCCGCGGUGCUGGCCGAGCACAAGACCAUCCACCGCUUCCUGGCGCUGACGCAGGCGGACGCCGGCGGCCCCUUCGGGCUGCGGGCCGAGGCGGUGGAGACGUUUGUGCGCAGCUGCGCUGGCUACUGCGUGAUGACCUACAUCCUGGGUGUGGGCGACAGGCACCUGGACAAUCUGAUGCUCACACACGACGGCCGCCUGUUCCACAUUGACUUCGGCUACAUCCUUGGCGCCGACCCCAAGCCCUUCCCGCCGCCCAUGAAGCUGUGCAAGGAGAUGAUCGAGGCCAUGGGCGGCCAGGGCAGCGAGUACUACAAGCAGUUCCGCAUGUACGCCUGCGAGGCCUACAACAUCCUGCGCAAGCGCGCCGACCUCAUCCUCAGCCUCUUCCACCUCAUGGCCGGCGCCUCCAUCGAGGCCAUCCGGGCGGACCCGGAGAAGGCCAUCCUCAAGCUGCAGGACAAGUUCCGGCUGGACUUUGACGACGAGGCGGCUGUGGAGUGGAUGCAGGGCCUGAUCAACGAGUCCGCCACCGCCCUGCUGCCGCAGCUGGUGGAGACCACCCACCGCUGGGCGCAGUACUGGAGGUAGCGCGCGCGGGGGGGAGGGGGGAGAGGGAGGGGAGGGGAGGGGGAGGAGGUGGUGGGGAGGAGGGGAGGGGGAGGGGACGAGGUGGAGAGGUAGGUGGAGAGGUGAAGGGGCGAGGCGAAUUCCGCGAUGGCGUGGUGCAACAGAACCCAGGACAUGGGGUGGCGUGGUGGGGCAGGAGGAGGAGGCGGGGAGGAGGCGGGAGGAGGUGGUGCGGGUGCGUGAAUGGCGUGGUGGUGGUGGGUAGUGGAAGAUUGGUAGGUCGGGUGACGUAAGAUGGUAGUGGCUGGAGUGUGGGGCUGGCUGCUUUUGUUUUGGUCAGGAAAAGCAGGAGGAGUGGCUGUGGAGCGUUAGGUGCGUGAGAAGGGUUGGGCUGCAACGGGUGCAGAAUGCCACGGGCAGGGCAAGGGGUCUCGGAGCCUGCGUGUGUAAUUCGGGAGAGACAAGAAUACCCGCCCGUACUGCCGCACUGCUGUACACACGCUAGCGUCCAUGCUCAGCGUCGGCCCCUGCUCGGCCCGGUUCCCGUGCGUUUUGGUAGGGUUUGUGACGGCGGGUGAACCAUUGGUGUGCGCGGGACUGACGUGCAUGCGUCGCCACUGCAAACUAGCGGUAGUGGUAUGCAAGUAGCAGCUGGAUAUUCGCUCUGUGUGAUGAAGGAUGUGAAGGGCAUCCCUGAGACACCUGCACGACGACGAUACGAGCUACUUGGAUACAUCCCCGCGAAUCCUUACAUACAUGUCCCUCGGACCGCACCGGUCAAAUUCCCUGUCAGCAUGCGUCACAUUCCCGUUGGCACAUGACGUCUGCCACUGGGACCAAUACCGCAAUGGCUGUGCCAGCACCGUUUGGUGUGCGGGGCUGCGGGCGUCCGUGUCAUCCCUCCGAUCC